AUGUUGGUUGGACCCUUGCCAACAAGCUUGCUAAGAUGCACAAGCCUGGUACGGUUUCGUCUUGAACGAAAUCAGCUCCAAGGAGAUAUCUCUGAGAUGGGGGUUUAUCCGAAUCUUGUGUACAUAGAUAUCAGCUCAAAUAAACUAUUUGGUCAACUAUCUCAUAGCUGGGGUGAGUGCCACGGACUUUCCAUGUUGCGCGCUUCAGAAAAUGGUAUCACUGGAGUCAUACCACCAAGCAUAGGGAAACUGUCUCAGUUGAGGAUACUUGAUGUUUCAUCAAAUAAACUCGAAGGACAUAUUCCUCCAGAAAUUGGCAAUAUAAUGACAUUAUUCAAUUUGAGCCUCGGCAACAACUUGCUCAGGGGAAGUAUACCGCAGGAAAUUGCGUCUCUAAAAAAUCUGGAGUAUUUGGAUUUAUCUUCGAACAACCUAAGUGGGCAGUUAGGGGGAUCAGUUGGGCAGUGCUUAAAGCUUCGCCUUCUGAAUUUGAGCCAUAAUCAACUCAAUGGUAGCAUUCCUAUGGAACUAGGGAUGCUGGUAAACCUGCAAGGAUUGUUAGAUCUGAGUGAAAAUUCAUUUAGUAGCAUGAUACCAACUCAGUUGGGUGAUCUUAGCAUGCUUGAAGCCUUGAAUCUUUCACAUAAUGCAUUAAGCGGCAGGAUUCCGCCAUCAUUUCAACGCAUGAACAGCCUCUUAUACAUGGACGUGUCUUAUAACAAACUUGAAGGGCCAGUGCCACAAAGCAGGCUCUUCAAAGAAGCUCCAACCGAAUGGUUCGUGCAUAAUACACAUUUAUGCGGUGAUGGUGUGAAAAAUCUGCCCCCUUGUGACCACACUUCAAGCUAUCAAAAAGGAAGGAAGCCUAGAGCUAUUUUACUAGCUAUAAUACCUGCCACUGUGACUUUUAUGCUCAUUACUGCACUAGCAACAUGGCAAUGUAAAAGGAAGAAAUCCAAGGCUGAAAGUGGAAAGGGACUGGAACAGGUCAAGAUGUUCGCCAUCUGGAACUUUGAUGGGGAAGAUGUGUACAAGAAAAUUAUUGAGGCCACAAAAAGAUUCAGCGAUGCUCACUGCAUUGGAAGAGGAGGGAAUGGAUCUGUCUAUAUAGCCCAGUUACCAACAGGUGAAAUAUUUGCAAUAAAGAAGAUUCACACGAUGGAAGAUGACAAGCUAUUCCAUCGUGAAAUAGAUGCUUUGAUUCAUAUUUGGCAUCGCAACAUUGUGAAGUUAUUUGGCUACUGCGCUGCUGCUCAUCAGAGAUUCCUUGUGUAUGAAUAUAUGGAUAGGGGAAGCUUAGCGAAAUCUUUGCAGAGCAAGGAAACUGCAAUUGAGUUGGAUUGGACAAGAAGAUUAAAUAUCACUAAGGAUGUUGCAAAUGCUCUGUCCUACAUGCAUCAUGAUUGCUUUGCACCGAUAGUCCAUAGAGAUAUAACUAGCAGCAACAUUUUGCUUGAUAUGGAUUUCAGUGCCUGUAUUUCAGAUUUUGGUCUAGCAAAAAUACUAGAUGGAGAUGCAUCAAACUGUACAAGGCUUGCUGGGACGAACGGAUAUCUUGCCCCAGAGCUUGCGUACUCAACAAGGGUGACAGAGAAGUGUGAUGUCUAUAGCUUUGGAGUACUCAUGCUCGAGUUGUUCAUGGGACAUCAUCCAGGUGAUUUUCUUUCUUCCAUGGCCAACAGAAGUACAUCACUUGAGGAUUUGUUGGACAUCCGGCUCCCAUUCCCUGAAACUGAGAUCGCAAGUGAAAUAUUCAAAGUGAUCGUGUUUGCUGUUUGUUGCAUAGAACCAAAUCCAUCAUACCGACCAACGAUGCAACAAGCAAUCAAGGUGUUCUCUACAACUGAAAGACCUGAUGAUCAGCUUGAUUGUCUGCAAACUGACAUUGUCAUCCCUUCCACCUGGUCGUGA